CCACCAUGUACCUCAGCCAACGCCGCGCACGCAUCGCACACCCACUGAAACUGGACGUCAACCAAGAUGUCCUUGUUUGGUGGUGAUGAAAGCACCACAUCGGCCCAUUCGCUCUCACCAUCAGAACGCUCAUCAAGCCCUCAGAACGCGCAGGAUGCACCUUUCCUGCCGUUCACCGUGCCCGAUCCCGACGACUCGCUCGACGAAGAUUUCCAGCCAAGCUCUCCCGAACCAGAAACUACCCCUCUCGAAGCUGCCCCUCGAGAAGAGCGCGCUGUCAAGCCCCAGAGCUGGCGGAGAUACACAGAAGCGGAUCGCGCAAUCGCAGAGUCCCUAGAAAACAUCGAAUCUACGGAUCUGGCCGCACACCUCUACAAUGCGCAUAAUCUCAAACGUCGUUUACGACUUCCUGAGGAACAGCUGGAAAAGAUAAAAGAUUGGCAGAGCAAGGAUGCAUGGCUGAAGAAGGGCGAAGAGUUACAGUUUAGGGAUCCUCUCACUGGCGACUUGGAGACGGAGCUGGUGCCUUCAAGACUGUGGACUGCAUGGCCUCUACCACCGAAGCGCCUUCCACCAAAGGGAUCUGCGACGCACAGAACUGAAAACUCCGAAGAUGGAUGGUACAUCAGCAGCGCGACAGAUCGUGGAAGCGGAGAAGUCAUGCGGGAAGAACUGCUGGCGUUAUUCCUGCGGACGGCGAAAGACAAUUGGGCAAAGAGGCAGACGGUUGACGAGGAGAGAGGAUUGCACGCUGACACAAUUGCUAUCUCUUCCGCCCCUCCAUCCAGCUCGGAUUCUGAAGCUGAGGCGCAACCUGAAAUUCACAGCAGCAGCACGAAAAAGAAAAAGGCGAAAGGUGCUAGUUCGAAGCUCUAUUCUUCUGAGACAGAUGGGGAACAGGUCACUAGACAAUUGGACGGGUCCGAUGUCGACACCGAAGACGACCUAGCUCAAGGAAUGUCGAUCGACAGCGAGUUAGAGAGCGCAUUACCGAACCGAACGAGGCAGCGAGGCUUGUCUAACUCACAGCAGUCGGCCACUGAGGCUGCUUUCCUCGCUGAUGAUGACGAGGCCAGACGAAUACUCGAGCCUUCUAUUAACUCACUCCUGUCUAGAAUCGAUAAGCUAGCGCUGGCAGUCCACAGGAACAGAUUAAAUCACGCCGGUGAUGGUCUGCAUCGCUCAGGCUCUGGAAGCGACUAUACGACAGAUGCAGAGACACCAGCACCGCGCGCUAGAUCUCUGUCAAGAUCCCAAUCCCAUUCCCGUGGGCCCAAAAGGACUAACAGCAAAAAGCAGGCCCUCAGGCCUCAGAAGCCGACGCAAAACCUGCACAACGCUGCAGACAGCGACUCUGCAUCGGAGUAUGGUGCUGAUCUUGAAAGUGAAGAUGAAGGUGCGCCCGACUAUCUGAAAACUACAUGUGCUCGGUCAGGUUCGGGAAACAGCAGCCCUCGCAGCAAUGCCUCGAGUAAUGCGGAGGUCCGAAAGGGUGCUGGGGUGAUGGAUUGGAGUGAACUGCUUGGUCUCGCAGCUAUUGCCGGGUUCGACAAGCGGGUGGUUGAGAGUACGGCUCAGCGAUGCGCUUCUCUUUUUGGCGAACAAAUGAGCUUUCGGACCUUCAGUGACGGACGGGCUUCGCUGCCUCCCCUGGAACCAGUUCAGUACAUACCCUCCAAAAUCCCGGCACCUGACGAAGCGCAAGUUGUCCCUGGUGAUGCAGUGCGCGAACCAGGAUCCUCUGGACAAAUCCGGACUUUGUUCGCUAAACGACCAUACUUCGAUCCCGGUAGCCUGCGAUGCCCGCAUACAGACUGUCCUGGUAAUCUGAAAGAUUUCAGCGGCUCUAGUCGCCUCACAGAGCAUGUUCGACGCAAGCAUGGAUAUGAUCCUCGAACGAACGACUCCGACAACGAGGAGCGAACGGUUGGAGGCGUGCACAUCGAUGGCUAUUUACAGCCGAUUUGGGCCAAGGCAGGUUGGCUAGGGCAUGGUAGAGCAAAGAGUGAGGCGACAGAAACCGAAACAGAGAUGCCCAGACGGAAGAGAUCACGGAUGGAUUCUAGGCCCAACUCAACUGUGACCAGCGCAUACACUACACAGGAUGAGCAAGAGGUCGAAGAGCAUACGGUGCCAGGGCAGAUUGCGGACCCAGCCGUGAACCCAGCGCGACGACCCAAGCAGAAGAAGACAUGUACAAACUGUUCUCGUAGGAAGAAACUUUGUGACGGGAAUCGGCCGUGCGAAAGAUGCAGAAAUUUGGGAGAGGGAGAAACUUGCGAAUACCGAGUCACUUCUGCGAGAGUAGCGUGUCUGAAUUGCAGGCGUCGGAAGCAGAGGUGCGACUAUAGCCAGCCAUGCGCCAGGUGUGAGCGGAGCGGUCAAGAUGAGAAUUGCCAGUACCCUACGUAGCAUGUAUGACCUUGAGCGC